UAUGUGCAGACAGGGAGAGAGAGAAGAGAGAUGGUAACACAUACAAUAAAUAUUUGUUUGUGCAUACAUAUGGUAACGUAAAACCUGGAGCAAAGCAUCCAAAACUUUCCGUUUUGGAGCUCUCUCUCCCUCUUCGUAACCAAUCAAACAGCCAUAGUCUCGCCGGCGAGCGGCGCCAGCGGUGAUUCGCCGUUGGCGUUCUCGGGAGAUUCUCUGAAGUCUCUGCUACUGAAGGCAAUGCGUCUCCGAAUUUGGCAAGUGUGUGUUGAUGGCUUAGAUUGAAUUCCAGGUUUUCCUAUGGGAUAUACUGAUGCAUAGGAAGAUCUAGGGCUUUUUGUACUGUUAUUUGAUGGUUAAAGUGGAUCGGAAUAGGCAAACGUUAGCGGUAUUUGGAUCUCUAGUGGAGGAUUUCUCGGAUUUUGAAGUUGUUUUCGGAGGCAGAGCAGAGCGUUGCCGGUGAAAGAGAUUGCUCUGAGGUAAAAGCCGCAAGAGGAAAAGGGUUUAAGUAGAAACAAGAGGAAAUGCUGACGUGUAUUACGUGUUCGAAGCAAAGGGUGGAGGAGGAGGAGGAGGGCGGUGGGGAAGGGGCGCGUGGUACGCCAAGAACAAAAGAAGCCGUCAAAAGCCUGACGGCGCAGAUCAAGGAUAUGGCAUUGAAAAUGUCAGGUGCCUACAAACCAGGUUCCAGCAGCUACAAGAAAGGACAGAGACCUUUUCCAGACUUCGAUACCAUUUCAGAAGGGGUUCCUUACCCCUACUUGCAACCAGGAAGCUCAAGUUCAACACCUGCAUGGGAUUUUACUACCACUGGUCAUCAUACUGGUGCAUCUGAUUCAAGGUUCACGAGAGUAUUCAUUGGUGAUCAGACACCUGGAAGAUUAGAAUCCAGCUAUGGCCAGUCUGGUGAAUUGGUGCCGGAUCAAGACGAGCCCAAAGAAUGGGUGGCACAGGUGGAGCCAGGUGUCCAAAUUACGUUUGUGUCUCUCCCCCAUGGUGGUAAUGAUCUAAAAAGAAUCCGAUUCAGCCGAGACAUGUUCAAUAAAUGGCAAGCACAACGGUGGUGGGGUGAGAACUAUGACCGAAUAACGGAGCUCUAUAACGUUCGGAGAUUCAACCAGCAAGCUCUUCACACCCCUUCAAGGUCUGAAGAUGAGAGAGAUUGUUCUUACUCCCGACUAGGAUCAGUCAGAGAAAGCCCCAUGACUUCAUCAAUAAGCAAAGAAUGGACGCCAAGAAACUAUCAUAAACCUUAUGGCAGUAAAGGGUAUUUUCCUCCUGAUUCUUCAGAUCCAGGAGGCAGUCACCACUACCACGCUGGCUCAAGUACUUAUGGCACAGGCGGCCCAAAGGGUGAGACAUCCUCAAUGGAUGCAUCCCGUACAACUACCUCCUCUAGAGAUGAGGCUUCCAUUUCAAUAAGCAAUGCAAGUGACUUAGAAUCAGAGUGGAUUGAGGAAGAUGAACCUGGCGUCUACAUUACCAUCAGACAAUUGGCCGAUGGUACCAGAGAGCUUCGCCGUGUCAGAUUCAGUCGUGAAAGAUUUGGAGAGGCACAUGCAAAGGUAUGGUGGGAGGAGAAUAGGGAGAGAAUACAAGCACAAUAUCUAUGAGACAAUUCAUCUUCACAGGACUCAUUUUGAUCGAGGCCAUACUUGCUCUUCGCAUCGAGUUUUGCACAGUAGAAGCUCUCUCCACACCCCCCCCCCCCCCCCCCCCCCUCCCAAGAUGAUGCAGAUGUAUCCACUUUCAAAAUGGCCAGGAAAAAAGAGUAAUGGCAUCAGUUAUGAAGGCCUUUCAAUUGCGAUUCUUUUGUUUGUUC